CGAUGAGUAAUUGCAAUGUAUAAACUACAAUUCCCAUGAUUAAAUUUAAAGAACGUUGAUAAAUCAGGUGAUCAACCAGAAGGAGGCUUCGUUCUGUCAGCUUGUUGUCUCUUUCCCUCUAGACGUCGGAAGGACAGCAAUGUGUGCCCGUGUCCAGCCCAUCGAGUGGACCACUGACUGUAAGAGCCAGAAUUAUGAUGGAAUAGUCUUGGUGACGCAGAGUUAUGACACGCUGCCCAAGGAGCUGCAAUGUCUGAAAGCACCUCUGCUGGACUACAGCUCUGUGGACUGUGGUCUGGGAGACGAGGUGGUGGUGUUGAAGGUUCCGGGGUUGCCUGGUAACCGCUUGGUGUUUGCGUCCACCGGGCCCGUUAACCGGGACUACGAUGAUGUCAGACGCUUCAGUGACGCAGCUGUUAAUGGCAUCAAGAGGGCCAUGAAAGCAGGCAUGCAGCGCCCCCUUCUGGUCUGUCCUCGCCAUAGCAGCUAUGACAGGAGCACCCUGGUGGCUGCCCUAGGUGCCCUGCACGCCCUCUACAUGCCUCUGGAAGUGAGGGAGGCGUCUGUGAAGCCUAGCCAGUAUAAGGUGUGUGUUCUGGGGCUGUGGGUGGACCAGGAGGCCCAGGGGAAGGAGUUGGUGGAUCUGGCCUCUGCUCUGGAGAGUGGACGGCUGGCUUGCCGCGACAUAGGAGGGUCCGAUCCUGAGAGGAUGGCUGCUCCUCGUGUAGCUGAGUACAUCCAGGCCCUCUUUAAGGACAGCCCAGUGCAGGUAGAUGUAGUGAGUGAUCUGAAGGUGCUGGAGAAGGAGUACCCUUGCCUCGCUGCUGUCAACCGCUGUGCCAAUGCUGUGCCUCGUCACCAGGCCAGAGUGAUCAAACUGCAGUACUGUGGAGAAGGACCAGUCCAACACACACUGAUGCUGGUCGGCAAGGGCAUCACCUAUGACACCGGUGGAGCUGACAUCAAGGCUGGUGGCUUCAUGGCUGGCAUGCACAGAGACAAGUGUGGUGCUGCUGCCGUGGCUGGGUUCUUCCAGGUCCUGGCCAAACUCAAGCCUAAGCAUCUGAAGGUGGUCGGUGCCAUGGCGAUGGUCAGGAACAGCGUGGGCUCAGACUGCUACGUAGCUGAUGAGUUGGUGGUGUCCCGUGCGGGUCGCAGAGUUCGUGUGGGGAACACGGACGCUGAGGGACGCAUGGUGAUGGUCGACCUGCUCUGUGAAAUGAAGGAGAAAGCGGUAUGUGAGGUGUCUCCUCAGCUGUUUACCAUUGCCACUCUGACAGGACAUGCCAUCAGAGCCAUGGGACCAAACUACUCUAUCAUCAUGGACAACGGAGCUGCCCAACGCUCUGGCAAUGCCCGUCAGUGGCAGAAAGCGGGGGAGGUGCUGGGUGAUCUGUUUGAGGUGUCCAGUAUCAGGCGUGAGGACUAUGACUUCCAUAAGGGGAAGUCUGAGUACGAGGAGAUUCUGCAGAGCAACAACCUGCCAUCCUCUGCUACUCCCCGCGGACAUCAGACCCCCGCUGCCUUCCUCAUCAUGGCCUCUGGGCUGGACAAGUAUGGUGUGGACUCUGGCAGUCCUCUGCCAUACUCUCACAUCGACAUCGCUGGCUCCAGCGGUCCUUUCCCCGGUGUACCCACCGGAGCGCCAGUCCUUGCCAUGGCUACUAACUACAUCCUGCCCAGCGCCUAGCAACCUUGUGAUAUAAGAAUGUGUAGAAUGUACCCUACUCUGUCCUGAGUUAUAUCACAUAUAACCGUCCUAAUAUGGUAGUGCCAGUAUAAUUUGAUAUAUUACACAAAGAAUAAGAAUAGACAUCCAUCAAUGGUGUGAUAUUGGCAGUUAAUUGCAAACAUUCCAAGAGCUCAGGUUGUUGUUCGAUAGAUUCUGUUUCUAAGAUCAUGCUAAUAUAUAUCCAUCCAACCUUAAGUGUCCCAAAUGUUUUACCCCCAUGUCUAACAUGAGUCACUGUAUUGAAUACUCUCAGGGGAGAAAUGACAUGCUCUGUGUUCAUCCAAUUUAUACACGUGAAACUUGAGAUGAGUGGCAAGUCAAAUGGUUGUGUGCUUCAAUAAAAUAUUCGAUUUUCAA